AUGAUAUUCACGCCGGAAAACAUUAAAAAGCUGCAGGAUGUGGUUGUUGUGGUGUAUAAAGGAAAGCAUGGUAAUUACGAGGUGGCUGCUCACCCAAAGAAACUCUAUGAGUAUAGAAGGCAGACCGCAUCUUUAGAUGAUGUUUUGUGUACUGAAAGCAUCUUUUCAGAUAUAAGCAAAGGCAAGCUUGCAAGCAAAAAGAGCGUGCAGGAGGAGUUUGGUCGAGUGCACACAGCUGCACUUGAAACAAUACUUAAGCAUGGCACAGAAAGGAAGGACAGCGCCACGCGUGUCUACGAGCAAGAGAGUGCUAAAAAAGAAAUUGCAGAGGGGAUUGUCCACCGAAUGCGAAAAGAAAGCGGGGAGACUCUAACACAUGCUGAAGCUGAAAGCAUUCUAAGAAAAGUAAACUAUGUGCCAAGCGCCAAACCAAUGAAAAUACAGUUGUCAGACAUUCUUAAAAAGGCAAUACAGUUGGGGUAUAAAAGAAGAACAAUAAGAGUCAAAGUAGACAAAGAACUGAAUUGGUCUAAAGUUACAGCAGAGAUCCAAGCUGGAUCCUCUUUCAGAGAAACUGCAAUGCCCGGUGUUAUAGAAAUAUCAGAUGAUUUAUACGGGGCAGUGCACAGAUUUGCAGAAUCACAGAAUGCAAGCAUUGAGGAUCUGCCAGAUAUUGAGGACGCAGAGAUAGAAAUCUAGCCAAGGCAUUAACAUACAUUGAGAUGCUACGAACAGUACACGCACUUAUCAAAGCUAUAAAAUUAUAUCAGCUAGUAUUUUCGGAUUAUGCAAUUAGAAGUAUAAAUCAGUAUUUUUAAGCCAGCGUGUGUAUAUAACUGCAGUGACUAGUUCAUUUAAAUAAAUUUCGGGUUAUAUACCAAAUCACUAAAUCCGAGCACCGUGUAUUAGAAUUUAAGUAACCCGAAGUUUUUGUGU